AUGUCGACUGCUGCACAGAGCAGCUACGCAGCCUCUACUGCAGACAAUGCCAACAACGUUGCAGCAGUCUUCCUCCCCCGCCCUCGAUCUCGACUGCGCACCAUCGCGAAGCAGUACGACGAAGCUGCGCAGCAAACCGUCACACAUACCGACGAGCCAUACAAGAUCGUUUGGGGGAGCCGAACUUUCGUCAUUAGCGGUGUUCUAAACAAGAAGAAGAGCCGUGGCCGUCGUUCCUGGAUUACUCGUGAGGGUUGGUUCCUAACGGAGCUGACGACAACAGGAAAGGUCAAGCAGGAUGUCUGGUGCUGUCGACGCUGCGAUGCCUACGGCAAGCCCCAGUCCCACAACAUCGCCGAGGACAGCCCCAGCCGGCCAGACAACGAGAUGACCGUCCUUGACAUCCAGCGAGAGGCUAGCAACCGAUCGACCCCUUCCAGCAUUCCACAAGCGAAGAUCAGUCGGGCCCGGGAGCUUCUAGUAGGCUAUAUUGUCGACGGCGACUUGCCCUUUACUGCUCUUGAGAGCGUCUACAUCAAGGAGCUCUUAAAGCAGCUAGACCCUGGAUUCGCCCAAGAGCUCCCUCACAGUAGAUCGACAAUUGGAAGGGAUAUCAAGGAGGUUUUUGAGUCGAAGAUGAUGGCGGUCAAGGCUGACCUGACGAAAGCCCUCAGUCAGAUUCAUAUUAGCUUCGACCUUUGGACCUCUCCAAACAACCUAGCCAUGAUUUCAGUCUUUGGGCACUUCAUCAAUCAGAAGAAAAUGCCCCAGAGCAGGUUGCUAGCCUUCCGUCGGCAGCUAGGGAAGCAUUCUGGGAAUUACAUCGCGCUCACGAUCCAGGAUAUUCUCAAGGCUUGGGGAAUUGGGAAGCAGGUGGGUGUCUGCGUCGCCGACAAUGCAGGGAACAACGACACAUGCCUCAAGGCCCUAUAUCGAUCCCUCGAUCCCACCAUAACCGACCGAGAUAUCAAGGCGCGUCGAAUGCGAUGCUUCGGUCAUGUCCUCAAUCUUGUUGUUCAGGCUUUCCUUUUUGGCCAGGAUGCUACCUGCUUCGAGAGGGAUGCUUAUACCCUUUCCCUUUGGAGUGACGACGAGGCUGAACUAGCACAUUGGAGAGCAAAGGGACCUGUUGGAAAGCUUCACAAUAUCGUCAAGUUCAUCAGGGCGUCGCCGCAACGAUCCGAGGCAUUCCGACAGCAUGCUAAGGAAGCCCAGACCUCUGACGACUAUCUGUUGUCAGAGGAGCCGACCUGGGACCUUGGCCUCAAGCAGGACAACAGCACGCGCUGGAACUCAACUUACCUGAUGAUCGAGAGGGCUGUCAGGAAGAGGGAUGAUAUCAACAGCUUUAUCUUGGAGCUUGAUCUUGAAUCUGAUGGUGACAAGCGGAUCCCUGAUGCUGACAAACUAACCACCGACGACUGGAAGGCCCUGAUCGAGAUCAAGACGAUCUUAGAACCACUCUACAAACUGACGAUAAAGACCCAGGGAUGGGGGCAGUCUGGAACAAGUGGUCGACUUUCAGAUGUUCUAAUGGGGAUGGAAUAUGUAUUGGGACAUCUUGAAGGUUACAAGACUCUAUACGACAAGGAUUCCGGUCUUGAAGCUGCUCGAGCAGCUGAAGCUUCGGCGGAUCUAGCGCGUAAUCAACCAACCAGUCUAUCGCAGCUUCGAUCGACGCGGCGGCUGCGCUUCAACGAAGGGGCCCUGCCUUCUCAUGCCCGCGACGAGUACGUCACGAUGCCCGACAGCGACGGUCUGCUUAGACUCCAAGCUAGAGAGCGGGCCAGCAUUCGGGCCAGUAUCAACAAUGCCUGGAAGAAACUUGACGAGUACUACACGAAGCUUGCGGAUUCCCCUUUGUUCACUGCAGCUAUCAUUCUGAAUCCAAAUCUCGGCCUUCGGUGGCUGCGGCGUCGGUGGAGGGAUCCCGAACAACAUGAGUGGCUCGUUGCUGCGAAAGAUGGUCUCAAGGAAUACUUUGACCGCUGGUAUUGCAGCUCUGAUGAUCCCCAGCCUCAGGGUCGAUCUGUCUGUCGAGAUUUAGGCCGGGAGGACGAUGCUUACGAGGCCUUCGUCAACAGCGGAGUCAGUUCCGAUGAAGAUGGUAACGAGGACGAGAUUGACCGGUACUACAACAUGAAGGUCGGGGGCAACGUCGAUCCGGUUGAAUGGUGGAUCAGUAAUAAGGCUCAGUUCCCAAAGCUGUCUCAGAUGGCCCUUGACAUUCUCGCUAUUCCAGCCAUGGCAGCUGACUGCGAGAGGUCCUUCAGCAUUGCUAGGCUUACUCUGAGCUCCCAGAGGCAUGCAAUGAAGUGGGAGACUAUCGAGAUGCUUCAGAUGCUGAAGAACUGGCUUAGGAACGGCGAUAUCGUCAUCGGAGGAGUCAUGAAGGGCAGCAGGCCGGAUUGGGGAUCGAUUAAGGGGCAGCAGGCUGUGCUCCAGGGCUGGAUGGUGGUUCGGUCGCUUCGCGUUCUGCGGUUUCUGGGGCAACCGGCGAGGAAGAUGGAUUCUGAGGCGAGGAAGUGGGAUUUUGAGCACGGCCUAGUGAAGAGAACGGGUUUCUGCUUGCGACUGCUCCGGGGCCAGCCGAUCGUGGUGUCGUUGGACCCCCAGGAGUCGGCCACUGCACGUGAUCCACGACCCCUUAGGAAAGGGGUUCGCGGCGGUCCGCAUCCACCCGGCCAGAGACUUCCAGGGUUGCUGGUCGACGGGGAAGAGAACGAGGACGUGGCAUAUGUGUAUGCCCUCGCGAGGAGGGCGGUCGUUCUCUGGCUGCAACCAGGUCCUGCUCCAGUACAAAAUAAUGGGGCGUACGGAGUCAAGCCGCCAUCACGGGGCAGUGCCAGCGCCACCUGUACGGACUGGGUUUCGUCUGUCUCCUAUCUAUUAACGCCUACGCCUUGGAAGAAACGCAGUCCUGCACCUUGCCCUCUUCGUUCCAUGGGAAGGUUUCAGGCUGAGCCAGCGGACGAUAUACCAGGACUUUGGCGAUCGCUCGAGGGGCAGCUGGGCGCCCGAAUCCGCUCACACUUCCAGAACAUCGCUCUGCUACGCGUCUCGGCGGACGAUGCCCGUGCUGAUCGAAAGCUGCAAGGCCUUGAAGAGGACUCCGAGGACGCCGUGGACGGACUGGACUUUGGCGACCAAGUGGGCGACGAUGACGGCGUCGGUGAGGACGUGGAGAGUAUUAAUCCGCAAGCCCACCACGAAGCCUUCCUGGAUGUCCUAUCCGCGGUCCGACGUAGCGAAAUCAAGGAUAUGGCGGCGCCCUCGGCCCUGAGGCGCUUGGACGAAGAGGCGAGGGCAGUUGACCCAAGCCAGGACGACAGCAAUGCUGCCCAGCGUGGUCGCCAUUUUUAUACCAUGUUACAGGACCUCCAAGACUCGCCUUUCCGCGGCAUGGGACUGCCCAGCCGCGAGGAGAUCGACGCGGUAUUGAAGGUCCAGAAGAAAGAGGACAGCAGCGUCACGGCGAAGAUCCAGGGCAGGCAAAUGAAUCCGUCUUCUGCGCAUGCCGGCGAGCCACACAGGAGCCCACGGUUGCCCGUUCACGGACGCGAAAGAUCUCCAGAAGGGGUCGGUCCGGGCGGACAGAUGCGGCUCGAGCUCGGACGUUAUGCAACAUACGUCGAUGUGGCCUUGGGCCUCACAAGGCACUGGACCCUGAAUAAGCUCCAGUCGAUGGCAGUCUUGCUACCGGCGGUGUUUCUUGACGAGCGCGGCACACGGCUGCAGGAAGAAGGGGGUCGGCAGCAUUUCCAAUACAUCGGCGGCGAGGGCGGCACCGGCAAGUCUCGCGUCAUACACGCCAUCAAGGACAUGUUCCGGCUGAAGGACGGUCUCCACACGCUGCUCCUGACGGGCGCCAGCGGUAACGCGGCCGCGCUUAUCGGCGGAGUGACGCUGCACUCGGCGGCAAAUAUUGCGUUUGAGGGCAGGGCAGCGACAGCAAGGAACAUCUCGGAAGAAGAGAAGCUGCGGUGGAAAAACAUGAUCAUGCUGGUUAUCGACGAGAUCAGCCAGGUGGGCGGUCUCACGCUCGCGGCGGUGGACAGCCGCCUGAAGCAGUACAGAGACGACCAGCAUCGACCGUUCGGCGGGAUCCCAAUAGUCAUGUUCUUUGGUGACUUCUUCCAGUUCGACCCCGUCCUGCAGACCAGCCUCCUCUUGCCAACGCCUAGGGACCCCGGUGGACAGAGACCGGACAGCUCGGCAAAGCACCUAGCAGCGCAUAAGCUGUUCCUCCAGUUCACGAACGUCGUCAUCCUCCGCGAACAGGUCCGCGCGGCCGGCUGUCCAAGGUUGCGGGGUUUCCUUCCGCGCCUGCGCAAUGGCGAGCAAACCGAGCUAGACUUCCAGCGGCUAUGUCAGCGCGUCUAUACACCGUCGAGCGAGUCCUCCUUCGUAGAUGGCUUGAGAGCCAUCACGCCUCUGAACCAAGACCGGUGGGACAUGAACAUGGCGGCCGUCGUCCAGUGGGCUCGUGCCCACGGCAAGCACAUCUCCAUCUUUGUGGCCAAGCACGAUACCGAUUCGGGGAAGCGACUAAGUGUGGAAGAGCUGUGCCGCGUGCUUCGCUACGGAGACGACUCCCAGCUGCCAACCCCGGGCUUGUUCUUCUACGCUCAAGGGAUGCCGGUGGUGGUGACUCGCAACCAGUUUGUCGGGCUAAAGGUGGUCAACGGGGCACCUUUCAAGGCCGUCGACAUCUUCCCCGACCUCGCAGCCGGCACCAUCGCGCUCGCCAACGACGUGACUCUCCAUCUCGGGCCACCCGUGGCCGUCCUCCUCGAGUCGGAGGAUACCGCCGGUCUGGCCAUUCCCGGGCUCCCGAACGGCACAAUCUUGAUCAAGAGCAAGACGGUCGCCAUCCCGAGCCAAAUGCGGGGCAAAGAAGGCAGAUGGAGGGGCAAGCCGGGUUUCAGGUGGGUCACCCACCGAACGGGGCCUCUUUGCACCCCGGCCUUCGCUAUGACAGAUCAGAAGAGCCAAGGCAAGCAGUUCUCCAACGUCCUCGUCAACCUCAAAGGCGUCCACUCCAGCGGUACGGCGACUCGACCCAGCUUCAUGAGCCUGUACGUGCAGCUGUCGAGGGCGCAGAGCUGGGACGGGCUGCAUUUGUUUCGGAAACCGGGGCGCGGCGACUUCAUCGAGCCCAAGAAUGUGCUGGACAAAGACAUGAGGGAGGCCAUCCUCAAGCUGGAACGGCGGGGCGAGGAGACCAGGCGGCGGUUCGAGCAGGACCACAGGCACGAGUCGUGGUUUCAAGAAUGGGCUGCCAUGCCUGAAUCUGGCCAAGGGACUGAAACCGAUGACGUAGAGGGCGCGGCGCUCUGGCGAGACCCUGGGGUUCCCGAGCCCGAAUCGUAG